AUGGCAGCAAAACCUGGAGCCGCAACUACAACCUAUUCACCCAAAAUUGUCGGAAGAACUCGGCCUCCUAUUUUCAAGGAUUCCGACCUCGAUUGGUCUCGUCCUGAUGGCCGUGGAUUCCACCAAUGCCGACCUGCCUUACUUCAAACUGGUGCUGUGAGUUCUGCUUCUGGUUCUGCUUAUGCUGAGUUUGGGAAUACAAAAGUCAUUGUUUCAGUAUUUGGGCCAAGGGAGAGUAAGAAAGCAAUGGUUUAUAGUGAUGUUGGUAGAUUGAAUUGCAAUGUUAGCUAUACAACUUUCGCUUCUCCGACUUCUGGGCAGGGAACUGAUCACAAAGAGUACUCAUCGAUGCUUCACAAAGCGUUGGAAGGCGUAAUAAUGAUGGAGACGUUUCCAAAGACAACUGUUGAUGUUUUUGCAUUGGUGCUUGAAUCUGGAGGCAGUGACCUUCCCAUUGUGAUAUCAUGUGCUAGUCUUGCUCUAGCAGAUGCUGGGAUUAUGAUGUAUGACCUUAUCACAGCUGUUUCAGUGUCUUGCAUAGGCAAAAGCCUUAUGAUUGACCCGGUUACAGAAGAGGAAGGUUGUGAAGAUAAAAGCUUUAUGAUGACUUGCAUGCCUUCUCGUUAUGAAGUCACUCAGCUAACCAUCACUGGUGAAUGGACAACUCCUAAUAUCAAUGAGGCAAUGCAGCUUUGCUUGGAUGCUUGUUCUAAACUUGGAGAGAUCAUGCGGGAUUGUCUGAAACAGGCUGCCUCAGCUUCCGAGGAAUGA